AUGGCUGAAAACAGCCAAAUCACCGAGUUUCUGACAACGUUGAGGGCGCUGUUGGCCGAACGCAACGCGAAGCGAGAACUCCCACCCAUCAGGAAGAUCUACAAGAAAGAAGACUUCCCGACUUGGCGUUGCAAUCUGAUCUGGAUUCUCGACCAAUUCGGCCUCGCAAAGUACAUCAAGAACGACGUCCUCCAGCCUCCUCUGCAUGAGGCCGACGAUGUGAAGCAGUGGAAGGAAGACCGCAUCCUGGUCGAUGCCUACAUUCGCUCCCACAUUGGAAACAGCAAGAUUGAACGCGGUCUAGAGGCAAUGGGCUGGAAUGCGGAGAUCACCGACCCGAAGGCCACAUUCGACUUCCUCACCAAGUACUUCGAAGGCGCCUCAUCCGACAGGUUCGCUAUUCUCAACGAGGAACUCGUCACCAUCGAUCGAGCCAACUUUGCGUCAAUGGAAGCUUUCCAACUACGGCUAUGCUACCUCCGCGAUCGACUGAAGUCUCCCGGCUCACCGUGGGCCGACCUCAAAGACGGGGCUUACAUCUGGAUGGCACUUCGAGCCAUACGCAAGUCACACACAGAUCUGUACGCUCGUUGUGUCUACAAGGUCGAGAAGGGGGAGAUGACCUGGAGCAACCUCAUGGAGGAGUUCCACAUGGUCUCAGCCAGCGAGGAGGCCCAGACCGCGCUCAUCCAUCACACUCGUGAGCCGUAA